AUGCCUUCUGUUAAGAAUUAUCCAUCUAGUGAAGUAAAUCAGUAUGAAUUAUCGUCUAGAUUAUUAACUUUAACCGAGAACAAUACAUCUUAUACAUUGACUCAAAUCAAUGGACAAAGGAUUUAUAGAAAAGCACCCCAUGCAUGGAACGGCCCAGAACCAUCUAGAAACUGUGAGGUAUUCAUUGGGCGCAUUCCUCACGAUUGCUUCGAAGACACCCUGGUGCCUCUGUUUCGCCAAGCUGGGGAGCUGUUCGAAUUUCGUCUCAUGAUUAACUUUUCGGGAUGGAAUAGAGGGUAUGCUUUCGCUAUGUACACGACUGAAGUGGAGGCAAGCAAUGCUAUACGUAUGUUCAACAACUACAUGAUUCGUCCUUCAUGGCAAUUGGGCGUGUGCCCGUCGAUCAACAACUGCCGCAUAUUCAUAUCGCGCAUUCCGGCGGGCACGCCGUCGGCGGAGAUCGUGCGGCUGGUGUACGCGCUGACGGAGGAGGCGGUGGAGGUGCGCGUGCGGCGAUCGGGCGGCGGCUGCGCGGCCAUCGUGGAGUACCGCUCGCACCGCGGCGCCGCGAUGGCGCGCAAGGCGCUGGUGGCGGCGGCCGCGGCGGCCUGGGGCGCCGGCGCGCGCCCCGCGGUCGACUGGUCGCUGCCGCAGAGCCCGCACCUGCUACGCCAGUACCGCGAGGUGGGCCGCUGGACGCCCGAGCGCGGCGUGGAGAUCUACCGCCUGCCCGAGGAGCCGGCGAGCAGCGCGGCUGCCUCGUACUCGCUGGAGCGCUGGUCGCAGGCGCGUCGCCUGCGCAUGAUACACGAGGCGCACCGCGCGCACGCGCACGCGCAGCUGCAGCCCCAGCCCCAGCUGCACGCGCACGCGCCGCCGCACGCCGCGCAGCACGACGCGCAACACGCGCUGCCGCAGCAGCAACACCCGCAGCAGCCACAACAGCAGCAGGCGCAGCCGCUGUCGCUGGUGCAGCAAGGACAGCUGCAGAACGCCACUACUAAUGACUGGGGCCGUUCGAGCAUGAGCGCGAGCCCGCUAUCGAGCUCCGGGUCCACAUGGGGCACUUGGGGCCCGUGGGGCUCGAGCAGCGAGGGAGAAGCGGCCGACGCGCCGCCCUACAACCCGUGGACGGCGCCGCACCCGCUGCACGAGUUCAUGGACAAGCAAGAGUGAGCCUCCGCCCCAGAGGGUAACUGUGUAACGCAUCACUAUACGUCAGCAGAAGAUUUGUUUGGAUAUACCUAAUAGUUGAAUGAAACUUUUAAAAUGUAUACGUUCGCGAUUUUUAUUUUCUGUUUGUAUAAAUUUUGCAAUUAAACUAGUUAGGGAUUUAAAGCGAUUUAUUCAUAAUGUUUAUUAUUAUUUGUAUGCCUGACAACAAACUUGAUGUGAUCUGUCUUUGAAGCGCUCGGAUAAUAAAGUGAACAAAUCGCGUUCUGAAUCUGUUACUCUAGUAGAAAAGUAAUGAUUCAUUCGUCUUAAAGAUUAUAAAAUGUUAUGUUCAUACCAGCAAUAUAAAGCUAUGUGACACCAAGAAAUAUACAUGAUUUAUGUGUGAAAUGCUUCGUUCAUAGAGAAGGGUAAAUAUCACAAUGGAAUAGAGAAAAUUAAUGUGACAAUUUACAAUCCAAAAAUCAAUUCAUGGUGAAGUAUUACUAUUAUUUGGAAUAUAUUUGUAUAUAAUUGGAUAAAACUCGAAAAAUAUA